AUGCGUGCUGCGCCUGCCAACAUGGUAAGCUCCGGCGUGUGGGUCGAAGCGAGUCACAUCGUGGCAGGGUCGCCACUCGUUGUUACUUCUAUUGAGACUCUUGACAUUUUUUUGUGUUCGAAGAAGAUGUGGGGCAGUCGAUACGUAUCGACUCGGGUGUUUCAGAGACGCUGCUGUUCCGUGUCGUUGUCAACUACUUCAACAUCCGCUCUGGAAGACCCUCUGAAGCUCUAUGUGGUUGCUGGAGAAGCAUCGGGUGACGCUAUAGGGGCCAAAGUCGUUCGUGCUUUACAGCGUCAACAGCCAUCACGAGCUCUAGAAGUUCGAGGAAUUGGCGGACCAAAAAUGUGUGAAGCAGGACGGUUCAAGUCUCUUUUUCCGAUGCACGAGCUGUCGAUCAUGGGGCUUUUUGAAGUCGUGCCGCAUAUUUGGCGCGUUCGGCGGCGGAUCCAAGACACACUGCGCGAUAUUCAUCAGUUCCAGCCCGAGCUGGUGCUGACAAUUGACUCGAAAGGCUUUGCGUUCCGAGUGUUGAAAGCUCUGCAAGCAAAGGAGCGAAGGACUGGUUGCAAGCGCAGUAAAAAGGUGCAUUAUGUCGCGCCGUCCGUUUGGGCUUACAAACAUCGAGGCAAGCGGCACUUCGCCGAGCUUGCACAACUGCUGGACGCGAUGUUCACGAUCUUACCCUUUGAAGAGGACCUUUUUGGCAAUGGUGAAUCGAACGAGCGCUUAGAAGGCGGUCGUAGCGACAAGUCCAGUCGAUCUUGGUGUCACUUUGUGGGUCAUCCAGCAGUCGAAGACUUUUUGGAGGCCACUGGAGCUUACGAGAGCGACCGGAGCUGUUUAUUACAUACGGAUGAUCGUUUUUUACAAGGCGAACUCACUACGGGACCCGGUGCUUUGCUUGACUUGGAAAAGUAUGAUGCCAUCCAUUUACUGGCAAAUGGCCGGCAUUUCCAGAGAUUGGCGGCAUCGGGACGCGAAUCACGAGUCCGUGAUCGUGUCCGAGAAAAGUUCGGCAUUCCUGUUGAUGCAUUUGUCAUCUGCGCUCUCGUUGGCAGUCGUACGAAUGAAGUGGAUAAGGUAUCCCAGCUUGUGCUCGAUGCCAUUGAACGGUUUCAACGAACGAAAGAUAUGCAGCGUGGCCGGCAGCAGAUUUUCGUGGUGUUCCCUACGCUUUCAGUGGUUGAGAAACAAGUCAAGGCCCACCUUUCUGCUUCCAAUCAUCGUGUCCCGAGCCGUGUUUUGACUGACCUCGACGCAGCAACUCGGCUUGAGCUCUUUCAGAGCUCUGAUGCCGCAGUAGCCAUGUCCGGGACGAUCGUGCUCGAGACAACAUUGGCUAGCUUGCCCACGGUCGUUAUCUACCGGGCCAACAGGCUGACCGAACGGGUUGUGCAAUGGCUUGCGGCAGUCCGGUUUGUAUCAGUGCCCAACCUUAUGCUAGGAAGAAUGCUGAUCCCAGAACUCCUGUUCAGGGACUGCACGGCACCAAAGAUUGCUGAGGCACUGGCGUCACUUCAGCAUCAUCCAAGCACGGAAAAAGACGCGCCCGAACUCGCUAUAGUCUCCAGCACUUUAUCCAGGUGGCACGAGUCUGACAAAGUCUCAGCCACAAGCAGCAGGUUGCAGCCAAUUCGGCCAAGUGACUUGGCAGCAAAGUAUAUCCUCGAGAUACUUGCAGAAAAGUAG